UCGACGAUGCCCCUCGUCAGCCUAUCUAAAAACGAAACUUGGUGCCACCAUGGGCGCCGAAAGCAUCAUGAACCAGAAUGGGUUCACUGACAAUACCCCUCGUACCCAAGACGCUAGACACCUCAUUGAAGUCCGCGAUACGCCCCAAAGUGGUCUUGGAGUCUUCGCCGUAGCACCCAUUCCUCGCGCGACCCGCAUUCUCUCCGAACCUCUCCUGCUCGCCCUUGACGGGGGUGAAAAUCCGACCGAAAUCUUGAAGGCUGUAAACAAACUUAGCAAGGAGGAUAAAGCAAGAUACCUUGAGCUUCACCCUUUCGCACCUCCAGUGCGGAAGGACCUCGCGAAGAAACACAUGGGAAAGCGUUGGCAGGAUCUAGCCCAGUGGGAGCGUGAUGCGAUAGGCGUAUAUGAUGCCAACAGCUUCGAAGUUGGUGUUUACUUUCUACCAUCACGCAUCAACCACUCGUGUCUUCCGAAUGUGCAUUAUGAGUACAAUCCUGCUAUCGAGAAGGGGACAUUCCAUGCCGUGAAGGAUAUCGCCGAGGGAGAGGAGCUAUUUAUUUCGUAUAUCAACGGCGGUUCACGGCUCAGGAAAUGGAGACAACCGAAACUAGACAUGUGGGGGUUUGUCUGCCAGUGCGCAGCAUGUGGUAAUGACGCCGAGGGGAAGAAGAGAGAAGAGCGUCGCAAGGAAAUGUUUGACAUUGAUCAAAAACUCGCGAAGCAGAGUGUAUACGGGACCGAGAUGACAUCCGCUCAAGCAUUGAAAGCUGCUACACGGCUAGCAGGACUACAAGUAGCCGAAGGGGUCCUCAAUCGUGAGCUCCGCACGUCAUAUCAUGACGCAGUGAGAUAUUGUCUGGAGAUGGGCAAUGUGAAGCUGGCGCUACUUUGGGUGGAGAAAGAACGCGCUCACGAACUGAUCUGCGUGGGAGAAGACCAUCCGAUAUAUCAGACGGUUGCUGCGAGGGCAAAUCUGUUGAAAGAUGUUGACGCUGGAACCGCGACGUUAGAUCAGUCCAUACUCGAAUGCUUUCACUGA